AUGCCGGAGCUGACGUCCAAGGGCGCCACUAUUUCCAAGAAGGGCUUCAAGAAAGCUGUAACCAAGACCCAGAAGAAGGAAGGCAAGAAACGCAAAAGAUGCCGGAAAGAGAGCUACUCAAUUUAUAUUUAUAAGGUGCUAAAGCAGGUGCACCCCGACACGGGCAUCUCGUCCAAGGCCAUGAGUAUCAUGAACUCCUUCGUCACCGACAUCUUCGAGCGCAUCGCGGGCGAGGCGUCCCGCCUGGCGCACUACAACAAACGUUCGACCAUCACUUCCAGAGAGAUCCAGACGGCCGUGCGCCUGCUGCUGCCCGGCGAGCUGGCCAAGCACGCCGUGUCCGAGGGCACCAAGGCCGUCACCAAGUACACCAGCUCCAAGUAA